GGAUCCUAGUGAACUUGCUCCUGGACACCCUGCCAAUGCUGGGGAAUGUUCUGCUUCUCUGCUUCUUUGUCUUCUUCAUCUUUGGCAUCAUUGGAGUGCAAUUGUGGGCUGGUCUGCUCCGGAACCGCUGUUUCAUGGAGGAAAACUUCACAAUACAAGGCGACAUUGUCUUACCCCCGUAUUACCAACCCGAGGAGGAUGAUGAGAUGCCCUUCAUCUGCUCACUGUCAGGAGACAAUGGCAUCAUGGGGUGUCAUGAGAUCCCACCACUGAAGGAGAGGGGCCACGAGUGCUGUUUGGACAAAGAUGACUACUAUUACUACAACUCUGUCCGGCAGGAGUUCAAUGUCAGUGGCAUGUGCGUCAACUGGAACCAGUACUACAAUGUUUGCCGCACAGGCAAUACCAACCCACACAAAGGCGCCAUCAAUUUUGACAAUAUUGGCUAUGCCUGGAUUGUUAUAUUUCAGGUGAUCACACUGGAAGGGUGGGUGGAGAUUAUGUAUUAUGUGAUGGAUGCUCAUUCAUUCUACAACUUUAUCUACUUUAUCUUGCUGAUAAUCGUUGGCUCCUUUUUCAUGAUUAACCUAUGCCUCGUGGUCAUAGCCACACAGUUCUCUGAGACCAAGCAGCGGGAGCACCAGCUCAUGCAGGAGCAGCGAGCACGGUAUCUGUCCUCCAGCACUGUGGCCAGCUACAUGGAGCCAGGUGACUGCUAUGAGGAAAUCUUCCAGUACAUCUGCCACAUUGUGCGCAAAGCCAAACGCCGCACCCUCAGCCUCUACAACAACCUGCAGAACCGACGCCAGGGCCGGAUGGAGCCAGGCAACAUGAAGCCAGACAUGAAUGGGAAAGGACAGAGAUGCUACAGACAUUGUCAGAAACACAACUCUCUUGACUACACUCCUCAGGCCCUUGUCCAGCCCAUUGCCGUGACACUGACUUCUGACCCCAACAACUGCCCAAGAUGCCACAGAGUACAGCGUGAAGCAGCCCGGAGGCUCUCCAUCCUUGACAGUGCUGACUCAGACCAGGAGGAUGGAGGGGCCGGUGAAGAGGAGGGAGAAGGAAGCAGGGAAAGCAAUGGUGUUGCUGAGCUGGAGAAAGAGGAAGAGGAGGGGGAAGAGGGCAAACCGAUGAGGCUGUGUAGUGACAUGUGGCAGGAAGUGAGAGUCAAACUGAGAGGGAUUGUGGAGAGCAAGUAUUUCAACCGUGGGAUCAUGAUAGCGAUCCUGGUGAACACCAUCAGCAUGGGCAUUGAGCACCAUGAACAGCCAGAAGAGCUGACAAACAUUUUGGAGAUCAGCAAUGUUGUGUUCACCAGCAUGUUUGCCCUGGAGAUGAUUCUGAAACUCACCGCCUUUGGGCUCUUCGAUUACCUCCGCAAUCCCUACAACAUCUUUGACAGCAUCAUUGUCAUCAUCAGCAUCUGGGAAAUCAUUGGUCAGUCAGAUGGGGGCCUAUCGGUGCUAAGGACGUUCCGUCUUUUGCGUGUGUUGAAGCUGGUGCGUUUCAUGCCUGCCCUACGGCGCCAGCUGGUGGUGCUGAUGAAGACCAUGGACAAUGUGGCCACCUUCUGCAUGCUUCUCAUGCUUUUCAUCUUCAUAUUCAGCAUCCUGGGAAUGCACAUCUUUGGGUGCAAAUUCAGCCUCAAGACAGACACUGGAGAUACAGUCCCUGACCGGAAGAAUUUUGACUCCCUGCUCUGGGCCAUAGUCACUGUGUUCCAGAUCCUAACCCAGGAGGACUGGAAUGUUGUGCUCUAUAAUGGGAUGGCAUCUACCUCACCUUGGGCAUCCCUUUACUUUGUAGCCCUCAUGACCUUUGGCAAUUAUGUCCUUUUCAAUCUUCUGGUGGCUAUCCUGGUGGAGGGCUUCCAGGCUGAGGGUGAUGCCAACCGAUCAUACUCAGAUGAAGAGCAGAGCUCAUCCAAUGUGGAGGAGCUUGACAGGUUCCAGGAUGUCCAGGAUGGCUCUGAUCCCAAGCUUUGUGCAAUUCCCGUGACACCAAAUGGACAUCUUGACCCCUCCCUGCCUUCUUCCAACCAGCCAGUGGUAUCUGCUGCUGUCACAAAUUCAUCCCGGCACUCUUUGCAGCCAGACCAAGUCCUCGUUGCUGUUGGGUCCAGGAAGAGCAGUGUGAUGUCACUGGGGAGAGUGACCUAUGACCAGAGGUCACUGUCUAGCUCUCGAAGUUCUCACUAUGGUGCAUGGGGUCGCAGUGGGGCCUGGGGAAGCCGCCGCUCCAGCUGGAAUAGCCUGGCUCGGGGACACAGCCUAAAACACAAACCUCCAUCAGCUGAGCAUGAAUCUCUGUUAUCUGGGGAAAGGCACAGGACAGCAGAUGGGGAGCGAGCUGGGAUGGGAAGGGCCCCUCACCACCGGCGAACACUUUCCCUGGACACCAAAGGCUCCUGUGAUCUGGUGGAGCUGGCAUCAGUCCCAUCCAGUCACAGAGCAACCCGGAAGGUUGGUGUAACAUCGGGAACCACUGAACAUCAGGACUGCAAUGGCAAAAUGCCUGAUAUUGCUAAGGAGAUCUUCCCAAAGAUGAACAACCGCAAGGACCGUGGAGAGGAAGAGGAGGAGAUAGACUACACCCUGUGUUUCCGCAUCCGGAAGAUGAUAGAGGUCUACAAGCCAGACUGGUGUGAGUUACGGGAGGAUUGGUCUAUCUACCUCUUUUCUCCCCAAAACAGGUUUCGCAUCCUCUGCCAAACAAUCAUUGCUCACAAGCUCUUUGACUACGUUGUUCUGGCCUUUAUCUUCCUCAACUGCAUCACCAUCGCUCUGGAGAGACCACAGAUUGAGCACAGGAGCACGGAGAGGAUCUUCCUCACUGUGUCCAACUACAUUUUCACAGCAAUCUUUGUAGCUGAGAUGACACUAAAGGUGGUCUCUCUAGGCCUCUAUUUUGGGGAUCAGGCCUAUCUCCGCAGCAGCUGGAACAUCCUGGAUGGCUUCUUGGUCUUUGUAUCCCUCAUUGACAUUGUGGUCUCAGUGGCCUCUGCUGGAGGAGCCAAAAUUCUGGGGGUGCUCCGGGUCCUCCGACUGCUGCGUACCUUACGCCCCCUCAGGGUAAUCAGCCGUGCCCCAGGCCUGAAGCUGGUGGUGGAGACGCUCAUCUCCUCCCUCAAGCCUAUUGGGAACAUUGUCCUCAUUUGCUGUGCCUUCUUCAUCAUCUUUGGCAUCCUGGGCGUGCAGCUCUUCAAAGGGAAGUUCUACCACUGCCUAGGUGUUGACAUCCGUAACAUCACCAACAGGUCUGACUGUGUGGCCGCCAAUUACAAAUGGGUACACCACAAGUACAACUUCGACAACCUGGGGCAGGCUCUGAUGUCUCUCUUUGUUCUUGCCUCCAAAGAUGGUUGGGUCAAUAUUAUGUAUAAUGGACUAGAUGCUGUGGCUGUUGACCAACAGCCAGUGACCAACAAUAACCCCUGGAUGCUCCUCUACUUCAUCUCUUUCCUCCUCAUUGUCAGCUUCUUUGUCCUCAACAUGUUUGUGGGGGUAGUGGUGGAGAACUUCCACAAGUGCCGGCAGCACCAGGAAGCCGAGGAAGCACGCCGGCGGGAAGAGAAGCGGCUGAGGCGCCUGGAGAAGAAGCGCAGGAAAGCGCAGCGUUUGCCAUACUACGCCUCCUACUGCCCUGUCCGCCUCCUCAUCCAUUCAGUCUGCACCAGCCACUACUUGGACAUCUUCAUCACCUUCAUCAUCUGCCUGAACGUCGUCACCAUGUCCCUGGAGCACUACAACCAGCCUGUGUCUCUAGAGACAGCUUUGAAGUAUUGCAACUACAUGUUCACAACCGUCUUUGUGCUGGAGGCAGUUCUGAAGCUGGUGGCAUUUGGGCUGCGGCGAUUCUUCAAAGACAGGUGGAACCAGCUGGAUCUGGCUAUUGUGUUGCUUUCUGUCAUGGGCAUCACACUGGAGGAGAUUGAGAUCAAUGCAGCUCUCCCCAUCAACCCCACUAUCAUCCGCAUCAUGAGGGUUCUGCGCAUCGCCCGGGUUCUGAAGCUUCUGAAGAUGGCCACAGGGAUGCGAGCAUUGCUGGACACAGUUGUGCAAGCUCUGCCCCAGGUGGGGAACCUUGGGCUGCUCUUCAUGCUCCUCUUUUUCAUCUAUGCUGCUCUGGGAGUGGAGCUCUUUGGAAAACUGGUAUGCAAUGAUGAGAACCCCUGUGAAGGCAUGAGUCGCCAUGCCACCUUUGAGAACUUUGGGAUGGCCUUCCUCACGCUCUUCCAGGUCUCCACUGGUGACAACUGGAAUGGAAUAAUGAAGGACACGCUGCGGGACUGCACCCAGGAUGACCGGAGCUGCCUCAGCAACCUGCAGUUCAUCUCACCGCUCUACUUCGUUAGCUUUGUGCUCACUGCCCAGUUUGUUCUCAUUAAUGUGGUGGUCGCUGUGCUUAUGAAACACCUGGAUGACAGCAACAAAGAGGCACAGGAGGACGCUGAGAUGGAUGCUGAGAUUGAGCUAGAGAUGGCACAUGGGUUGUGCCCCCGCAGCUUGGGCUCACCGAGUUCAGGACAGGGAGGAAGUGGAGGAGGUGGUGGAGGAGGAGGUGGUGGGAGAGUGGACCCUGAAGGACGUCUUUGCAUGAGAUGUUACUCUCCAGCACAGGUGGGUAGAUCUUUGUGCUUACCAGCAAGACUGCUGCAGGUUGCAGUGGGGAGAAGCAGAGCAGUGUAAGAUGAUCUAGAGCUCGGUGAUGGGUUAUGGACUCUUCCACCUCUAGAGGACUGGCUUGCAUUCAGCUCUAGGUUGGGUGAAGCAGUGCUUUGGUUUAGAUGUGUGGGGCCAGGAUUGUGGUAGCAGGGGGUCCUGCAGUAUAACUCAGAGGUGAAUUGGCAGAGCUAUGUAGGAAUUUCAGGGCUUGAAGCUCAGGACAGGUGCAACCUGUUAAGAUUAAGGUGCAUUAGCAGAGUGUUUUUGCAUGGGGAGCUGAGGACUGGAAUAGCAGGGAAUGCUGCAGGACAGGAGCAAGGUGUAUUGGCAGAGCUGGAAGGGAAGCUUACACAGUGCCUGUCUGCACUGGCAGCUAGUAAUAUCAGUCCUUCCUUUGUACUGAGCGCUUAGUGCUGAAUUCUUCCUCCCUUACCCACCUUAAGGCCCUCUUGAUAGCCCCAUUGAAUUCAGUGAAGUUGCUGGUAGAGAAGGUACUACUCUACCCAAGUAAGGGUGGCAGCCUGGCCCUGAGUUCACACAAAACAUUGAAGCAAAAAAACUUUGGGUUCUUAAAAUAAUUUCUCCCAUCCUCCCCCCUUUCUUGUCCCCUAGGAGAACUUAUGGCUGGACAGUGUCUCUUUAAUUAUUAAGGACUCCUUCGACGGGGAGUUA